AUAACUGUAGCGUUAAUUCGGAAUUUCAAUGCUACUCCAACAAAGGCAAGACGGACUAUUUCUGCCAAUGCCAAGCGGGGUUUGUAUACAAUGGAAACACAUGUGUCAGCACAAAAGUGUGUAAUCCUGAAAUACGCACCGCAGCAUGCAACAAGUACCCAGUGUGCCAGUUUAAUCAACAAUCCAGUGCGUAUGAAUGCAGCUGCAGAACAGGCCUCAAACUAGGCAGCCAUCUUUGUGAACUGGCGGACGAAUGUUCGGAGGGAACACACGCAUGUCACUUGAAUGCCAUAUGCCAGAACACUGAUGCCAACUACACAUGUACCUGCAAAUCAGGCUUUAUGGGUGAUGGGUUCUUUUGCGUUGUCGAUGGGUGCAGAGCUACAGUAUAUCCUUGUGGUGCCAACAGCAAUUGCGUCAGCACAAUUGGUGGCACAGUCUGUUUAUGCAAGACUGGUUACACGGCACCAUCGAUAUCGGGAGAACAAGACUGUGUCAAUGUUAAUGAAUGCCAAUCCCAGCCCUGUGACAACGGUUAUACAUGCCUGGAGACGAUCGGAUCCUUUUCGUGUGUGUGCGACGGUGAUACGCAGAUGAGCAAUGGAACACACUGCGUCGGAUUACCUUCCAACACAGGACAGUCGGAUGCGACGACCGACACUCCCAUCUCUGUUACCAUUGUUGCAGUAUAUGCGUGCCUAGGGGUGCUGUUCAUCGUGGCGUGCAUACUGGGUGUGCUUCUGUGCAAGUCUCGACGUGUGACGGAACACACCUUUCUGACAGCAUCUCUGACGUCUACCCAACCCCGUGAUGCAUACUCGAGUCAUGAGCUCCACUCCAAUCGCAUCGUCACCGGCCACUGUGAAGCCAGUCCUUGCGCUGUGGAGCCACCAGCCAUGGCCGCGGAGCUUCCAAUGGCCCCGAUCUCCUCCUCUUCAAACGAUUGCAAUGGUUGUGGUGAGAUAUAUGAUAGUCCCGAAGACUACUCUGAUCCGAUCGUCACCCGCCACUGUGAACCCAGUCGUUGCAUUGCGGAGCCACCAGCCACGGCCGAGCUUGCAAUGGCCCCGAUCUCCUCGUCAAACGAUGGCGAUGGUUGUGGUGCUGUAUAUGAUUGUCCGGAGGAGAUGGGCAACAUGGUCGACAAUGAUGCCUAUGGCGUUACGGAGGGGCUGAACAUGCCGACUCACUACUGUCCUGAUCAGGAGCAGGGCAGUGAGGCUCUGGCAGGGGACUUAGUCUAUGCAAAUAUGUAGUGGAUCCUUUGCCAUCGAAUGAUGGUCCCGAUUUGUCCGUGAAUCGGAUAUUGAACACAUGAUUCCUCAUCACUUUCAACUCACUGGUAGGGUAGAACAGAACAGGACACGGCGUUUCAAAACCAAGCCCAAUGCACCUCAAAACGCUUCAUAGCUUGCCUUGCCUCUCACUGCCACUUCCCAUGACACCAGAUCUAUAUAUUUUUCUAUGGUAUCUUCAAAACCUGAGGUUGCAAACAGUGUCAUUCCUCUUCCCCUCUAUACCUCUCUCUCUAUCUAUCUCCCUAUCUAUCUCUCACAUUCCUCUCUCUCCCUCCCUCUCAAUCUCUCUCUCUCUCUCUUCCUUUUCGCAGGCACACACUGUUGCCAAUAAACACUGGUGAUCAAUUGCGGCUCUCCUCCGAAUAAGCAAUUAACUGAUGAUGUUGUUUAUGACUGGUGAUGUCUUUUGUAAAUUGUGUUAGUAAUUUUUUUCUUUCAUGCCGUGGAAUGUCUCAGUGCUCCUUUUCAGUUUGUGCUAGAUUGUGCACGUCUGACUGUUCAAAAUCUGGUUUAGUUGGUGGACUCGAUUGCAUAACUUGUGCCAACAAUUUCCGAGUUACAAUUUUUUAGCGUUUUCGAUGCGUUUUUAUAUUUUUCAUCGUUACUUUUUGCUCCUAACAUUACAGUUCCAUCACAUUUAUUUCUUUGUCCAUCACCACAUUACAUACGUAACAUGUCGCUUCAGCUGAUUCUGUUUAUUGCCAUUCUAAAACUGAUGUCACCUCGCCGCCUGUUCCAUUUUUUUCGAUUUUUUUAUCACACCAACAGAAACAUUCCAUGUACC